AUGGAUCAGUGUGAGGACAGAGAGGAGGGAGUCCCUCCCUCUAAAACCACUCUGUGUGGGGAAGCUGAGAGCCAGAGCCACGCUCAGAGGAUUCCUGACACAUGGACUCAUAAACAUCAACCAGAACCAGAACCUAGCUGUGUGUCCUUUAAGAGCGAUGAUUCAAAGGAUCGUCUCAUUGACUUCAAAUCUUCAGGACCUGCGUCCUCAGAGAGAGUGGACCAGCAGAACUCAGAGGUUCCCAGAGGUUCGUCUGCCCAGCAGCAUCAAACCCAGCUGGACUCCAUAUUUAUGCUGCUGGAGGACAACAUUGUCACUUUUGUGAAGGAGGAGCUGAAGAAGAUCCAGAAGGUUCUGAGUCCAGAUGACCCAGACUGCUCAGAGAGUCAGAGAGAUGAUGAGGAGGUGCUGGAAGGUGAGGAUGAAGAGCAGAGGAGGAGCAGCAGAGAGGCAGUGAUGAAGAUCACUCUGAACUUCCUGAGGAGGAUGAAGCAGGAGGAGCUGGCUGACCGUCUGGAGAAACAAUCUGCUCCAUUUUGUCAACAUCCACUUAAAUCUGGUCUGAAGGAGAAGUUCCAGUGUGUGUUUGAGGGGAUCGCUAAAGCAGGAAGUCCAACCCUUCUGAAACAGAUCUACACAGAGCUCUACAUCACAGAGGGAGGGACUGGAGAGGUCAAUGAUGAACAUGAGGUCAGACAGAUUGAAACAGCAUCCAGGAAACCACACAGACCAGAAACAACCAUCAGACAAGAAGACAUCUUUAAAGUCCCACCUGGAAGAGAUCAACCAAUCAGAACAGUGAUGACAAAGGGAGUGGCUGGCAUUGGGAAAACAGUCUUAACACAGAAGUUCACUCUGGACUGGGCUGAAGACAAAGCCCACCAGAACAUCCACUUCAUAUUUCCAUUCACCUUCAGAGAGCUGAAUGUGCUAAAAGAUAAAAAGUUCAGCUUGGUGGACCUUGUUCAUCACUUCUUUACUGAAACCAAAGAAAUCUGCAGCUUUGAACACUUCCAGGUUCUGUUCAUCUUUGAUGGUCUGGAUGAGAGUCGACUUCCUCUGGACUUCCAGAACCAGGAGAUCCUGACUGAUGCUACAGAGUCCACCUCAGUGGAUGUUCUGCUGACAAACCUCAUCAGGGGGAAACUGCUUCCCUCUGCUCGCCUCUGGAUAACCACACGACCUGCAGCAGCCAAUCAGAUCCCUCCUGAGUGUGUUGGCAUGGUGACAGAGGUCAGAGGGUUCACUGACCCACAGAAGGAGGAGUACUUCAGGAAGAGAUUCAUAGAUGAGGAGCAGGCCAGGAGGAUCAUCUCCCACUUGAAAAAAUCAAGAAGCCUCCACAUCAUGUGCCACAUCCCAGUCUUCUGCUGGAUCACUGCUACGGUUCUGGAGGACGUGUUGGAGACCAGGCAGAGAGGAAAGCUGCCCAGCACCCUGACUGAGAUGUAUAUCCACUUCCUGGUGGUUCAGACCAAAGUGAAGAAGGUCAAGUAUGAUGGAGGAGCUGAAACAGAUCCACACUGGAGUCCAGAGAGCAUGAAGAUGAUUGAGUCUCUGGGAAAACUGGCUUUUGAUCAGCUGCAGAAAGGAAACCUGAUCUUCUAUGAAUCAGACCUGACAGAGUGUGGCAUCGAUAUCAGAGCAGCCUCAGUGUACUCAGGAGUGUUCACACAGAUCUUUAAAGAGGAGAGAAGGCUGUACCAGGACAAGGUGUUCUGCUUCGUCCAUCUGAGUGUUCAGGAGUUUCUGGCUGCUCUUCAUGUUCAUCGGACCUUCAUCAACUCUGGUGUCAACCUGAUGGAAGAAACACAAACAUCUAAGAAGUUCUCAGUUCCUAAACCAAAGUCUCUUCACCAGACAGCUGUUGAUCAGGCCUUACAGAGUCCAAAUGGACACCUGGACUUGUUCCUCCGGUUCCUCCUGGGACUUUCACUGCAGACCAAUCAGAGACUCUUACAAGGUCUGCUGACACAGACAGGAAGUACCUCACAGACCAAUCAGGAAACAGUUCAGUACAUCAAGAAGAAGAUCAGUGAGAAUGUGUCUGCAGAGAAAAGCAUCAAUCUGUUCCACUGUCUGAAUGAACUGAAUGAUCGUUUUCUAGUGGAGGAGAUCCAACUGUCUCUGAGUUCAGGAAGUCUCUCCACAGAUAAACUGUCUCCUGCUCAGUGGUCAGCUCUGAUCUACAUCUUAGUGUCAUCAGCAGAAGAUCUGGAUGUGUUUGACCUGAAGAAAUACUCUGCUUCAGAGGAGGUUCUCCUGAGGCUGCUGCCAGUGGUUAAAGUUUCCAACAAAGCUCUACUGAGUGGCUGUAACCUCUCAGAGAGAAGCUGUGAAGCUCUGUUCUCAGUUCUCAGCUCCCAGUCCUCCAAUCUCAGAGAACUGGACCUGAGUAACAACGACCUGCAGGAUUCAGGAGUGAAGCUUCUCUCUGCUGGACUGGAGAGUCCAAACUGCAGACUGGAAACUCUCAGCUUGUCAGGCUGUCUGGUCUCAGAGGAAGGCUGUGCUUCUCUGGUAUCAGCUCUGAGCUCCAACCCCUCCCACCUGAAAGAGUUGGACCUGAGCUACAAUCAUCCAGGAGACUCAGGAGUGAAGCUGCUGUCGGCUGGACUGAAGGAUCCACGCUGGAGACUGGAUUCUCUCAGGGUGGAGCCUGCUGGAGUCCGAUGGUUGACACCAGGUCUGAGGAAGUAUUCCUGUCAACUCACAUUCGACACAAACACAGUGAGCAGAAAACUCAAACUCUCUGAAGACAACAGGAAGGUGACACGUGUGAAGAUGCUUCAGUCAUAUCCUGAUCAUCCAGACAGAUUUGAUGUUCCUCAGCUGCUGUGUAGAACUGGUCUGACUGGUCGAUUUUACUGGGAGGUCGAGUGGAGAGGGAAAGUUAAUAUAUCAGUGAGUUACAGAAGAAUCAGGAGGAAAGGAGAAAGUGGAGACUGUUGGUUUGGAUUUAAUGAUGAGUCCUGGAGUCUGAUCUGCUCUGAUGAUGGUUACUCUGUCCGUCACAAUAACAGAAAAACAUCUAUCUCCUCCUCCUCCGUCUCUAACAGAGUAGCAGUGUAUGUGGACUGUCCUGCUGGUAUUCUGUCCUUCUACAGAGUCUCCUCUGACUCACUGAUCCACCUCCACACCUUCAACACCACAUUCACUGAACCUCUGCAUCCUGGCUUUGGGUUCUUCUGGUUCAAUUAUGGUUCCUCAGUGUUUCUGUGCUGAUUGAGUCUAAAGAGUCUCCUCCUGUCAGAGAAAGCCUCUCCCUGUUGAACAGAUAGUUCAGUCUGUUCAUGUC